AUGAGCUCCUUCUCCAACGCAGGAAUCGUCGGAGCAAUGCGGGACCUGAUGCCGACGCCUUCUGCUUCCAUAGCCACGCUCGUGUCCGACCCGGUGCUGUCGCCUACGUCCAGCCCCAUCAUCGGCACCCCGGAAGUCGACGGAGACAACUGCAAGCUCAUGGGUCCAUUUGCGCUCUUCGUGCAGGCUAUCAUGGGCAUCCUCGUCAUCGGUUCGCUCGUGUACAAGCGACAGCGCGAAAAGCCAAAACGCAAGUGGAAGAUCUGGGCGCUCGACGUUUCUAAGCAGCUCCUCGGCCAGCUGUUUGUCCACAUCCUCAACGUUAUCCUUUCCGACUUUGUUGCCAGCGGCGGAGGCGAGAAUCCAUGCUCGCUCUACUUUCUCAACAUUCUCGUCGAUACUACCGUGGGCGUGUUCUUCAUCUACAUUGCUCUCAAGUGGGUGACCCACAUCCUCACAGAACGCUUCAACCUCGAAGGCUUCGUAUCCGGCCAAUAUACACCGCCGCUUCCCACCGUCGUCUCUACGUCUGCAAGCCCGGGCUCGUCCGUCCAGUCCGGUACAUCGCGCAGGUCGUUCCGCAGAGGCAGGCCGAGGCUGGAAUACUGGUUCAAGCAGCUCGCCUCGUACCUCUUUGUGCUUCUGCUCAUGAAGAUGGCCGUCCUCAUCCUCUUUGCUCUGUUUCCUUUCCUGUUUGACGUCGGAUCGUGGAUCUUGAGCUUCUUUGGUAGCCACAAGGACGUCCAGGUACUCUUCUCCAUGGCCCUCUUCCCGCUCGCCAUGAACAUCAUGCAAUUCUGGCUCAUCGAUUCUUUGCUCAGGCACAACCCAUACACCUCGGCCUAUUCCAAGAUCAACCCGGACGAUGAAAGCUUCCUCAACAGCUCCGACCGCAUCUCGCAGGAUUCCCGCUUCUCCGAAUCGGGGCCUUCGUUGGAAACUGGAGGCCGCGUUCAUUCGAUAGGCGAGGCCAGCGAUGACGAGGGAGACGCCGCAGCAGACAAGCGACACAUUCAACCGCAUGCUUCCGGCUCAACCUCCAAAACGAGACGCAGACCUGUUUCGCCAUCAACGACUGCCGCAGAUCAGCCGUACAACUACCCUCCACCUACAGAUCUGUACGGCUCGGUGCACAAGUCGCCACCGUUGCGGCCGUCGUCUAGACCCACGGAUGAGAUGCGACGUCAAGCCAGCUUGACGCUUUCAGAUACUGCCUCGGAUGAAGAGACGGAUGGUCAGGGGAUCGAGCAGGCCAUGUCGUCUAGCAAAGCGUCGCUACAACGGCCCGAGUCGCAUCACCUUGCGCGUGUUUCGGAUAGCAGCAAGCACUAG